CACAGAGAAAGCACUGAUAGCGAUACGUUAGAAGUCAAUUCUUUGAUCUGUUCUUUCCCGCAAAAUGGGUUUGCAAUUUGGCAAUUUACCGAUACGAAUUCGUAGAGUCGUAUAUUACAGUCUAUCGCCAUUGGAGCAACGAGCCUGGGCAAAAUCGAUAACGCACGGAAUACCCAAUUUGCUGAGUAGAGCAAUGCGUGCGCUUCCACCUAUGCUUCCAGGAUUUAUAAUGUCAACUGGGAUAUAUAUGUGGUCGACUGCAGCACAUGAUCGAUAUACUCGCAAAGAUCCCAAAUUAUAUGAGAACGACAAGUGAA